AUGUCUGUCAUCAGCGACAUGACCGACGAAGAGCUGGACAAGUACUUCGCAACCUACAUUCCGCUGUCGAACCUCCCCACGCCUCCGCCAGCAAAGGAGUCGCACAUGAACACCACCAGCACAACGACAUCAUCACAAACGCAGACCAGCCCCUCGUCCGAAAUACAAGUAUACGCACAGCACCUGGCGAAGAGCGUGCCGGGCUCGCAUGUCGAUGUCGUAUGUGGAUUUUUGCAGCGCGCAGAAUGCCCGGAUGAGGUUGUGGGUUUUGCGGCGUGUGUGCUCGAGGGGUUGAGCGGGCGGUUUGAGAGAGUAGAUUCCGAUAUUGUUGUACUCGCAGCACUGGCUCUAGCACACGGCUUUCUCGUCGAUCGAUUGCGCUCGUCACGGCACUGGGCGGUCAAGGAGAGCUGCGGCAUGUUCAGUGUCCGCGAGAUCGAAGCGGCGAAGAGGGCGAUACUAGAGGAUCUGGACUAUGGACUGUUCAAGAUCAAAAACGAGGCGGUGCAGAAGAUGCUGGGGGAGAUGAGGAGGCCGAAUACGCUGGUGAAGAAACAUGAUCGAAGACGCACGCUUUCGAUUAAUCUUCCUGGAGCGGCGGUUUGGAGCUUUGGGGUGCAGACGCCUGAGCCGAGUCCUUGAGGGGGGAUAUUGAGAUCGCGUUUGGAGGAACUGCUGCUCGAAACACACGAGCAGAAUCCUGGAGGAGUCACAACGACAUCAACCGCAGUCGAUGAGACGAAGUGGACGACAUAUUCUUUGCAUUUCUUGCAUUGCUUUCAUCAAGCGUUUCUGGGCGUCUCGGGAUACGGCGCCUACAUCUGGUCAUCUGGAGUUCUGGAAGGAUUACUGGGCACAAUGUCUGGAUAGACACGGGUUUUUCGGUGGCCUGAUGCACACGCACACAGUGCAGCAUCUUUUUUUUUCAUUGCUUCGCUCGCAUGAUACCCUCAGCUCUGGACGGCGUCCAUCUGAACCCGCACGCAUCGCCAAAGAGGCGGUGAAGUCGCUUUUGCGUUGUUCGCGUUGUUUGUAGCACUAAUAUCGAUGCAUACAUAAUUCCU